AUGCUACGACCUCUUUACAAUGUCUACUUCCAUCCCUUGCGGAAGUACCCUGGCCCCAAACUUUGGGCAGCUUCCUCAAUACCUUGGGGUUUCAAGUUCAUGAGCGGCGACUGGCAUCACACCAUCUUAGACCUGCAUCGUCAAUAUGGCCAUGUCAUCCGGAUUGGGCCGAACGAGCUAUCUUACGAUGGCCGGAAGGAGAUCCCUAAGCCGACGUGGUAUCUGAGUCCUAGACGCAAAGAGAUUGUGGGAGCCGAAGAGCAAGACCACGACGGGAUGCGAAAGCUUCUGGGGCCCGGUUUUACCGCCAUAUCCAUGUAUGAUCAAGAGCCACUCGUCAAACGGAAUGUCGACCUGCUCAUGGAUCGCUUCGCGGAAAGAACCCGAGACGGCGGGGGCGAGACAAAGCUAGACAUCAUAUUGGAGUGGCUCUCCUUUUGCACCUUCGACAUUAUCGCGGAUAUGACCUUUGGAGAAACAUUCGGCUGCUUGCGAGAGUCUAGACUACACCCGUGGCUAGCCUGGGCCUUUGAUGAUAUUAAGUUGAGUCAUAAGCUCGUUCUGUCUUUCCGGAUCCCUUUCUUCGCCAUAUUUCUCCCUCUUCUGGAUAUAUGGAGGCUUUGGAGAAACGCAAGGCGUUUUGAGACAAACAUGCGUGGCUACAUCGACCAGCGCUUGGCUCGGGACGAGCCCGAGCAAUGGGAUUUUGUACAGUUGAUGCGAAAGAAGAGGGGAAAUAUAUAUAUGAAAGAUGAAGAGCUGUACCGCAAUACCGGCUUGCUCACGCUUGCUGGAUCUGAAACGACCUGCAUGACCAGCACGGUAGAGCUUUACUAUAUCGGGACGUACCCUGAGGUUAAAGCCAAGAUCUCGAAGGAACUCGCCGAUGCCUUCACGAGCGAAGAGGAUAUUAAUUUGCACAGUGCCGCAAAACUUCCAUACCUCAUGGCAGUCAUCGAGGAAAGUAUGCGACACCAUCCUCCUGGGCCAAAUUCUCUAUGGCGCGUCACACCGCCCGGAGGCAACCGAGUCAUGGGGGAUUUCGUCCCUGGAAACACCGUCUUAGGGGUCCCCCAUCGAGUCAUGUAUCGCAGUGAGCACAAUUUCAAGCACGCAGACCAGUUCAUCCCAGAACGAUGGAUGGACAAUUCAGAAAACUCGCCGUUUUCCAAUGAUCGUAGAGAAGCCUUUCAUCCUUUUUCUUAUGGGCCUCGAGUCUGCCUGGCCAUGAACCUCGCAUAUGCGGAAAUGCGCUACAUUCUGGCAAGACUGCUGUGGAAUUUUAACUUCGAGAUCAAACCGGAUUGCCGCGACUGGACUACAAGUCUCCGGUCGUGGCUUAUUUGGGAGACAACUCCUUUAUGUUUAGUUUUAAAGCCGAAGAAAAGGUAG